AUGGAAUCAGAAAAAGAGGAACCAAAAACAAGCCAGCAUCGAUUUAUUCCAAAUGACGAAGAAACCAAAGCUACUCAUCGUUUCUGGGACACACAGCCAAUGCCACGACUCUCCACACUGAUUACCAAAGACGAAUCAUCUCAGCACGGUCCAGUGGAUGCUCCUAAGACAGUUGCGGAUGUAAGACAAACCCCAUACCCGCUUCCAGCCGCAUUCGAAUGGGUGAGUGUUGACGUAAAUGACGACGAAUGGAUGCAAGAAAUCUACACUUUGUGGGUGCAUUUUUACUUAAAAUAAAUUUUUUUCAGUCUUUUUUCUUUAAAAAAUGAUUAAUUUCAGGACAAAAAUAAUGAACCAACACUUUGUUGACAGAAAACUACGUCGAAGAUGACGACAGCUAUUUCAGAUUUGACUACUCCAUCCCAUUCCUGCGCUGGGCACUGACUCCAGAAGGCUACAAACAAUCCUGGCACGUCGGAGUUGCUAUUAAAGGCCGCAAAAAGCUGGUAGGCUUCAUAUCAGGGAUCCCAGCCAAGGUCAAUGUGUUUGGCACAUCAAUGGAUAUGUGUGAGAUCAAUUUUUUGUGCGUCUUUAAAAAGUACAGAGAAAAUCGCCUUGCACCAGUGCUUAUUAAAGAGGUCACUAGAAGGGUGAACGUGGAGAACGUGUGGCAAGCUAUAUAUACAGCUGGCGUCGUAUUGCCAACCCCAGUGGCCCAGGCAAGAUAUUACCAUAGGUCCUUAAACCCUAUAAAACUUGUAGAAAUUGGCUUUACUCGCUUUGGGCCUAAACUGAACAAGGCUCGUGCUCAAAAGCUUUAUAAGCUUCCUGAAAGUCCUUUAAUCCCUGGUCUAAGACCUAUGACCCCUAGAGAUGUCCCAGCUGUCCACAGGAUGCUUCAGGAUUACUUGCAGAGGUUUUCUUUAUAUACAGAAUACUCAGAAUCUGAUAUUGCCCAUUUCUUUUUGCCUCAGGAAGACAUAAUUUACUCAUAUGUCGUCCAAAAUGAAGCUGGGGAGACCACAGAUUUUUGCUCAUUUUACUCGUUGCCGUCGUCUGUGCUUAAAAGUGCCAAGCAUAACAAGUUAAGGGCAGCUUAUUCUUAUUACUCAGUACCUGGGGUGCAUUCUCUGAUGGACUUGUUUAAGGAUAUGCUGAUUUUGGCAAGAGCUAAUGGGUUUGAUGUGUUUUAUGUUCAAUAAAAUGGCUAAAGGAAAUUUUCUUAUAGGCUUGGCUUAGCCCAGAGAAUUUAUUUGCAGGGCUCUAGUCUUUAGUAAAAGUAAUUUCUUAUAAGAUGCCUAAAAUAAAUACAUUAAAUAAUUAAAAUAAAUGUGUUUAACGCUUUAGAUAUCAUGGACAACAUGACGGUAUUCAAAGAACUGAAGUUCGGAAUUGGUGACGGAAACUUGCAGUACUAUCUUUACAACUGGAGAACUGAGCCAAUGGUGCCUGCACAGGUAGGGGUCGUUUUAGUUUAA